AUGGAUGUUGGUGCCAACAUUUUUGUUGGAAAUCUUGAUUCAGAGGUAGAUGAAAAGCUGCUUUACGAUACCUUCAGUGCAUUCGGUGUUAUUCUACAAGUUCCUAAAAUUAUGCGUGAUCCGGAAACAGGCAACAGUAAAGGGUUCGCCUUCAUUAAUUUUGCGUCAUUCGAAGCUUCCGAUAUGGCAAUGGAGGCCAUGAAUGGGCAAUUUCUUUGCAAUAGGGCAAUUUCUGUUUCUUAUGCUUUCAAAAAGGAUGCAAAAGGCGAACGACACGGUACAGCGGCAGAGCGAAUGUUGGCUGCUCAGAAUCCGCUGUUUCCAAAAGAUCGUCCAAACCAGAUGUUCUCGGAUGCUCCUGGUCGCCUCCCAUUCCCUCCACCGAUGCCUGGAAUGCCUCCUAUUAUGCCAGGGCUUCCUGGAAUGCCUCCGAUGCCUCCUCCAUUGCCGAUGGGCAUGGCUUUCCCUCCGCCGCCACCGACAGCUACACCAAUGCCUCCUCCUCCACCACCACCUGUGCCACCAACGCCGACCAUAACACCGCGCCCUCCUCCACCACCGAUGUCGGCUGGAGGAGCUCAGUGGAGUAUGCCUGCCACCGCCACCUACUCAAACGCCCACAAUGCCCACUCCACCUCCACCUCCUCCUUCUCGUGGAACAUCCUUCGUGCCACCUCCGCCACCUGGUUCGAUGCGCCUCCUGGUCCGCCAGGUCCACCAGGUCCUCCAGGACCCCCACCACCAGGACCUCCUGCGCCUCCAGGACUCGUCCACCUCAGAAUGAUGCCUCCACCUCAGGCUACAUUAUAUUCCUAG